GAGACAUUUCAUCAAAAUGGCAGCCUACAUCUGGGUAGUCGUGGCGUGUUUAUCAACACUGAAAUGUCUGCUUAUUCCGUCAUAUCGAUCAACUGAUUUUGAAGUGCAUCGUAACUGGCUAGCCAUCACACACAGCCUUCCCAUUUCCAAAUGGUAUUUUGAAGACACUUCGGAAUGGACCCUGGAUUACCCACCAUUCUUUGCGUGGUUUGAGUACCUCCUGUCACAGAUCGCAGUGCUCUUUGACCCCGAGAUGCUAAAGGUCAAUAACCUUGGCUAUGCCUCGUCGGCCACUAUCCUGUUUCAGCGUCUCUCUGUCAUCGUAACGGAUCUCGUCCUGGCUUAUGCAGUCAAAGAAUUUUGCCUAACUCUACCCAAGCCGCGGGAGGACGGUGUACGGGGGUGGUCUCAGCCCGGCUUCACUCUCUCCAUCCUCCUCGUCGCUAACUUUGGUCUUCUCAUCAUUGAUCACAUUCAUUUUCAGUACAAUGGCUUUCUCUUUGGGUUAAUGCUGUUAUCCAUCACAAGGAUAUGCCAGGAUCGAACACUAGAGGGAGCUUUUUGGUUUGCUGUGCUGCUGAACUUCAAGCACAUCUAUAUCUACGUGGCUCCGGCAUACUUUGUCUAUCUUCUGAGGACAUACUGUUUUACUGCGUCAAACAAAAAUGGCGGUGUAAAAUGGACAAGUUUUUCUCCUGUGAGAUUUCUCUGUUUAGGUGUCCUGGUGAUAUCGGUGUGUGCCUUGUCUUUCGGUCCAUUCAUUGCUAUGGAUCAGCUCCCUCAGGUCCUCUCCCGGUUGUUCCCAUUCAAGCGGGGUCUCUGCCACGCCUACUGGGCACCCAACUUCUGGGCCCUCUACAACGUGGCCGACAAGGCCCUGACCGUUGUAGGUGUCAAGACUGGAGUGGUCUCUGGCGAUGUCCUCAAGCACAAGGCGUCCAUGACAGCGGGUCUGGUGCAGGAGUUUGAACACACGGUUCUACCCUCAGUCCCACCUAUAGCCACUUUUGCGCUGACAGGGCUUACAAUGUUGCCGUCCUUGCUGCAUCUAUGGCGGUACCCAGGUGGUCCUAAAGGCUUCAUCCGUUCUAUCACAUUAUGUGCCUUCAGUUCAUUCAUCUUCGGCUGGCACGUCCAUGAAAAAGCUGUCCUGCUAAUGAUUGUGCCCCUCAGUUUACUAGCUGUACAAAGCUUUAAAGAUGCUCAGGUCUUCCUUCUAUUAUCUACUGUGGGACAUUUUUCACUCUUCCCUCUUCUGUUUACACCAGCUGAAACACCCAUCAAAGUCUGUCUGAUGAUAGCAUAUACCAGCUUCUGCUUUGUGAGCAUGGACUCUUGUUACAGACCCAUCAACUACACGUUCUCCCUUCCACACCUCCCCUUGCUGAAUCCCAUUGACACCAUGUACAUUGUGGGGCUGGUCCCCCUGUACGUUUACUGCGACAUUAUACACCCUAUAUUGGGGCUGUCACAAACACUGGCAUUCCUCCCUCUGUUACUGAUGUCCGUUUAUUGCUCCGUAGGUGUAAUAUACUCAUGGCUGCGACUAUACUGGACUACACUCAAGAGAGGGGGUACGAAAGUAGAACAUAGCAAGCAAGAAUAGAUUCAAGUCAAUUUGAUAAAACACUAUUUGAUACAAAUUUAUGUGGUGAAGGUACUUAUAUUUGUAGCUUACUCUUUUUCCUUUGUUUCUUUGAACCCUCAACUUUGAUAGAUUUUAUAAAGUAGAGGCAAUUUCUACAUAAAACAAGAAUACUUCUCGUUUCUCUAUGGGUACUUCUCGUUUCUCUAUCAUUCCAAAUUUACAUUGAAUUGCCAUCUUCUUGCAAUGUUAAAAAAUUAUGUUUGAUUUGAUAUUACAGUACAUAAAUAUAGAUGUUUAUUAUCUUCCAAAGAUGCGACUCGUCGAGGCCAUGCAAGAUAGUUUGACAAGAAUCAUUUAAAAAAGCUUCAGAUAUGUUUUGCUUUCAUUCUGAUGAUCAAAAAGAGUUUUUGUUAUUAUAUAGAAUACCCACCAAAAAUUAUUGACAAAUAUCAUGGAUUAUUACUAAAAAAAUAUAUGGAACGAUUCUGCAAUAAAUAGGAGAACUUAGAUUUGAAUUCCAAAGGUUAGGGGAGCAUAAGCCAACUGUGCCACUUGCUGUGCCACAUGUAACAUGCACAAUGCAAAUUACUGUUGUUUUGUAAAUUCAAAUUAUCUUUUAAUCAUGUCAUGUCAUGUUACUGGUCUGAUAUUUCACAAAGCAAUAAAUAAAUACUAGUUUCAAAA